AUGCAUCUGUUGUUCUGGAUUUUGAUUGCGGUUGCUGUAAUUCUCAUAGCAAUUAUUGUAGGAAUUAAGUUAUGGGUGAAAUUAACUACAGGGUGGUGCAGGAACGAUGUGCGUUUGGUUGGAAAGACUGCUAUUAUAACUGGAGCCAAUACUGGAAUUGGGUAUGAGACUGCAGCUGAUUUUGCCAAGAGGGGCGCAAGAGUAAUCCUAGCGUGCAGAAAUGUUGCCAGAGGAAAAGAGGCUGAAGAAAAAAUAACCAGAGCAACAAACAACAGAAAUGUUAUUUUCAAACAAAUGGAUUUGGCUUCGUUUCAAUCUAUAAAAGCUUUUGCAGAGGAUAUAAAGAAAAAUGAAGAAAGGCAAAUAAAUAUAUAUUCUAACAAACAAAAACCUAAUUGCAACAUAAUAUCAGAAGACGGUUUGCUAUUGCCAAUGCAAAUCAAUUAUUUUGGACAUUUUUUACUUACCAACUUAUUACUAGACUUGAUAAAAUCCACUCCCAACUCUCGCAUAGUCAACGUUGCUUCGAUUGGUGCAAAAUGGACCAGAGAAUUUGAUGUGACCAAGCUGAAUGAGUUUCCAGAACACAAUUCUCAAGCGGAUUUGUUGGUUUAUAGCUGGAGCAAACUGUGCAACAUACUAUUCACUAUAGAAUUAGCUGACAGGUUGAAAGGCACUAGCAGUUCUAUUGAAGGUGCUCAAACGACGAUUUAUUGUAGCACUGAAAAGGCUAUAGAGAAUUUUUCUGGUGAACAUUUUGAAGAUUGUCGUAGGGUGGCCAGGUAUCCUACAGCACAAGACCCAGAGUUGGCAAAGAAGCUGUGGGUAGUUUCCGAGGAGCUUGUUAAGCUCAAUACAUAA